AUGCUGCGUCUAUUUCUCAUCGUUAACGGCAAUGUCUUCAUCAGCAAGAAACUAGGGGCUGCCCCUGGUCCAAGGGAUUUAGACGCCAAGCGUGGGCAGGAAUCUGCACGAAGCCCACUUCCGAUCGAUAAGAAUAUCGAUGUUCGGGGCGUCGGUGGUGUCAGGAACACAAACCUUAACGAACCCGCUGCCCCAAACCCGAUACCGCUGCUGCAAAGCACCACGUAUUUCUUACACGGCUGAAAGUUACCAGCCCUGGUAUUCCUUUUGAUUCACAUCAUUUCAACCCUCUUGUGGCUUUUGUUCCUGACUUGCAAAAAAAAAAAAAAAGAAAGAGCUUGAG